AAUUGAACUAGAUAUUUUUGAAUGGCUCGCAACCGAAGACAUAAAAUUAGUUGAUAUAUAAUUAUUGAUAUUAUAGUUAUCACUAACGCCGGGAGAUGAGUGAAUGAAAUUUAAAAUGGCAAUCUUGCGUUUAUGUUUGCGCAGAGGAUGACGGUGACCUUAAGACGAUUUAAUGUAAGUACAGCACACAUGAAUUUUUUUACGAUUUUUUGUUAUGUAACCGUGAUGUGCGACACUCAAGUCACACCGGCUGCAAGCGCACAGAGAUUGCAGAGUGUGAAUCAAAAUGUGACUGUGACCAACGAUGGACGUAAAACUAUCAGAGAAACAUCGACGUAUCCGACUCGUUACGAUUAUAUUGAUAUUGAAGCUGUUAUGAACAAUGAACGAAUUAUAAAAAUUCUCUUCAAUUGUGUUAUGAGCCGUGGACCGUGUACCAGAGAGGGUUUGGAACUCAAAAGGAUUGUUCCGGAUGCAAUACAAACAGAAUGUGCUAAAUGUAAUGAAAGACAAAGGAAACAAGCAGGAAAAGUUUUAGCUCAUUUAUUACAGUACAAACCAGAAUAUUGGAAAAUGUUGGUGCAAAAAUUCGAUCCAAAUAAUGUGUAUUUGAGAAAGUAUAUGGCAGACAAUGACGAAGACGAAAAAUUAUCUCUUCAAAAACUUAGCAACGAUACUACUAAAUAAAAAAUGAAUAUUUAGUUAUAUAUUAGUUUUAUUACAGAAUAACUAAUUUUAUAUAUAUAUAUAU